CGUCAUCGUCAUAUGUUUUCUUGCGCAUUGAGACUGUUUUGAUGUUUUGUGGACAUUGUAUCGCAGUUACGGUUGAAUUGUUUUGUUACAAAAAAUGCGAUAAGAAAAUUUGGGCCGAAUCAGUACUGUUAGUUUGCUUGUACAAAAUCAAUUGAACAUAUCAGAUAUCGGAAACGUAAACAUGGAAUCUACGAAAAAAUCGUCUGUUUCCAGUGUUGGAAUAUUGACCAUUAGUGAUAGCUGUUCGCAAGGAUCGGCUGUGGACGCUAGCGGUCCACACUUGAUUGACUUGGUGAAGGUUCAAUUCAAUCCGACGACUGUGAAAUAUGACGUCAUUCCGGAUGAUAUGGAGAAAAUUGAGGGUACUUUACUCUUCUACACCGAUGUGCUAAAUCUGAACUUAAUUCUUACAACUGGAGGAACCGGGUUUAGUCACCGCGAUGUGACACCAGAAGCAACGAAAAAAGUGCUCGAAAGAGAUGCACCUCAGCUACAGUUAGCAAUGUCACUGGCAAGCUUGGAAAAAACGAAAUUUGCUGUUCUAUCCCGUGCUGUCAGUGGCAUUCGCAAACAGAGUCUAAUCAUCAAUUUCCCGGGUAGCAAGAAGGCAGUGUCGGAAUGCUUUGCGGCCGUCUGUGAUGUAUUACCGCAUGCAAUUGAAUUGCUACGAAACGAUUUGGAUCAAGUGCAAUCAACACACAGAUGUGUGCAAGACGUUCAACAACACGCCCGAAAUGAGGUGAAAAACGAACAACCAAAAUCGUCGGUCAAACAUAUUUGUCCACACAAGACCGGUACCGGUGACGGUAACGAUCGCAACUCACCAUAUCCGAUGGUCAGUGUCGACGAUGCUCGUCGGAUUAUAAAAUCGAAAUUGCAACAGUUCAACAGAAUCGAAAGCAAGAAAUUUGAGUCUUUCGAAAGUCCGUUUGAUCUGCCACCGUUCCGAGCAUCCAUUAAAGACGGAUACGCUGUUAAGGCAACAGGUGGGAAAGGAAGGAAAAUCGUUAUUGGUUAUGUUGCUGCUGGAGACGAGGUCAAAAGUGAGAAUUUCCCGGACGAAUGUUGCUAUAAAAUCAAUACUGGAGCUCCAGUUCCCGACUUUGCAGACUGUGUGAUCCAGGUGGAAGACACGAAAAUUGUAGAAGUGGAAUCUGAUGUUGAAAAAGUCAUUGAAAUUUUAGUGGAACCAACUGUCGAUUUGGACAUAAGACCAAUAGGCAACGAUUUGCAAAAAGGUCAACGGUUAUUCACGCAUGGCUCUCCCGAUAGUGUUGCUUAUCCGGCAAUGUUCGCAAGUGUCGGUGUUGUUCAUGAAUUCUACCAACCAAAAAUUGGCAUAAUAUCGACCGGUGAUGAAUUGAUCGUACCAGGGGAGACAUUGCGACCGGGAAAAAUCUAUGAUUCGAAUAGUGUAAUGCUGAAGGAACUUUUACGUCGAUUCGGUUUCACCGAUGUUCGAACAACAAUUGCAAAGGACAGCUACGAAUCAUUGUACGAAUGCAUGAACGAGAUGACAAACAACUGUGAUGUAAUUAUAUGCACCGGAGGUGUAUCAAUGGGUGACAAAGAUUUCGUAAAAAAAGCUUUGUUGGAUCUGAAAAUGGACCUGGCCAUCGGACGAGUGAAUAUGAAGCCAGGCAAACCAAUGACGUAUGCAUCCAACACUAGCGGAAAACAUGUCUUCGGUCUACCAGGCAAUCCUCUGUCUGCUUUCGUUACAUUCCAUUUGUUCGUUCUUCCGGCACUGAGAUAUCUCCAAGGACAGGGCGAUAGUAAAUUGAACCUGUCAGUGAUCGCUGUCGAGCUACUCAACGAUACUAUCGAAUUGGAUCCUCGUCCGGAAUAUGCUAGGGCUUCUGUAACGUCUAUAAAUGGGAAAUUGUAUGCAGAAAUAACGGGAGAUCAAAUUAGCAGUCGUUUGCAAAGUAUAUGCGGAGCGGAUGUUUUAUUGCAUCUGCCAGCCCAUUCGGCAAAACAAAGUCAUCUGUCGAAAGGAGCAAUUUUGAAGGCUUCUGUGUUGAAACAUGAUUUUAUUUCAAGUUACAAGGACCAUUGAGUUAUCAAGUUGUUACAGUAAAUGGUUGAUUGGAAAUUAUAGUUUGGUUUUUAAUUGAAUCUUUA